AUGGCCAAUCUGCCAGUUGUCCGCCUGACACAGAGUCAUGUCGGAGUUGAAACCCUCGGCCCCUUGAAUGUUGUCCCACGGCGCACAAGAGGAGGUCAAGCAAACACCUGGUCAAAGACUUACACCGACAACACCACGGCGCGGGAAGGAAACAACGCCAUUGUCACCUGGCAAAUGCCUCUGUGUAAAGAUUGGUUCUCUGUCAAAACCCCUGCUGGUGAAGAACUUCUGCUUGUCAAGUCUACUGACGUCUACAACUCGGGUAGCAACUGGUCGAGAGUGAAGAUCCCAGGCGUUACCAGAUCGUCUGCUAGCGUGGUGGUGAGGUUUACACUAAACAAUGUUACAACUGCUGAUGCUGGCAAGUUCUACUGUACGAGGGUCAGUGACGGGAGUACAAUCUCUGACUGCAAACACGUCCUGGUUGUCUUAUACCGACCAAUCCUUAUCGGCAUAACGGUGAAUGGAAAAAGAAAUGUUACUGUGCAUGAACAUGAGACUGUGAGUUUCCAGUGUGACGUACACGGCACACCACCACCAUCCAUACAUGUUCAGCAGAAGGAAACCAACAGCAUACAUGACGUGGUCAUCAAGGACAUCAACUGUACUCACACUGGGACGUAUGUGUGUGUAGCCAGAAAUGCACUCGGUGGAACCAUAGGGAAGGAAACUGUCACCAUCAACAAUGUUAUAUCACAACCAAGAAGGUGUGAUUCCUCCGACAAAUAUGUUGCAAUGAGCUACGACAGUCAAAGUGUUUUGGGGACAUUUCUUGUCUGCAGUUACCCGAAACCAGAGAAUCAUAUAAUGGAAUACUUGGACAAAGGCGUCAAUGUCAUAGAUAUGUCGGACAGCCCCCGACACAAACUAUCCAGGGACGAGGGUGAACCUUUCUAUACGUUCAAGUUUUCCAUCUCAAGAAUGCAAACGAGGGACCUUGGAACCUAUAAACUCUCUGUCGUCAAUGAGAAAGGAACACUGGAGCUUUUUGUUCAACUUUUUGACCAAGGUACAACUAUGACCAACACAAUCAUCGCCAUCACGAGCUCCGUUACAAUUUUUAUUGCUGCAGUCUUCAUCACUGUGGCUAUUGUGGCAUUCGGACGACUGAAAAAAUCCCAUGAAAGAAGGGCUGUCUCCUCCUACCUCUCCCCUAUACGAGAUGCAUUAGCGUCAGCAGGAAAAGUAUGGUAUGACGGUUACCAUGUCUACGCGGAUAUAGAUGACUCUGAGGUACAAGGCAACCUUCCUGGUCCAAGACGAGCUUCCAAUUCCAGUAGUUCUGAUGAUGAUUAUGAAGAGGUGGGCCAAGCCAUCAUUGCCCUUCAUCCCCAACCAGGGAACCAACAACCAGCAAGUGUGACAUCGGCAACACCACACUACCUGACUGCUACAGAGGACAAAACCAGUCCUCAACCCUCAUCUAGCAAGAAGCCAGAUACUCCGGGUGCAACAUCAACAACACCAUACUACCUGACUGCUACAGAAGACAAAACCAGUCCUCAACCCUCAUCUAGCAAGAAGCCAGAUACUCCGGGUGCAACAUCAGCAACACCAUACUACCUGACUGCUACAGAAGACAAAACAAGUUCUCAACUCUCAUCUAGCAUGACGCCAGAUACUCCGGGUGCAACAUCAGCAACACCAUACUACCUGACUGCUACAGAAGCCAAAACCAGUCUUCAACCCUCAUCUAGCAAGACGCCAGAUACUCCGGGUGCAACAUCAGCGACACCAUACUACCUGACUGCUACAGAAGCCGAAACCAGUCCUCAACCCUCAUCUAGCAAGAAGCCAGAUACUCCGGGUGCAACAUCAGCAACACCAUACUACCUGACCGCUACAGGAGACAAAACAAGUCCUCAAAACUCAUCUAGCCAGACCCCAGAUAGUGCGAGUGCAACAUCAGCAACACCAUACUACCUGACCGCUACAGAAGCCAAAACCAGUCCUCAACCCUCAUCUAGCAAGAAGCCAGAUACUCCGGGUGCAACAUCAGCAACACCAUACUACCUGACUGCUACAGAAGACAAAACCAGUCCUCAACUCUCAUCUAGCAUGACGCCAGAUACUGCGAGUGCAACAUCAGCAACACCAUACUACCUGACAACUACAGAAGACAAAACAAGUCCUCAAAACUCAUCUAGCAAGACCCCAGAUAGUGCGAGUGCAGCGUCAGCAACACCAUACUAUUUGACUGCUACAUCAUCUAGUGAGAAGCCAUAUACUGCGAGUGCAACUUCAACAACACGACAUCACCUUACUGAUACAGGAGAUGAAUGCAGUCCCCAACCAUCACUUGCCGAGGAGCCAGAUACUCCGACGGCAUCGUCAACGCCACACUACCUGGCUGAUGCAGGAGACGAAUCCAGUCCCCAUCCAUCCUCUUAUGAGAAGCCAGAUACUCCGACGGGAACGUCAGCAGGACCAUACUACCUGACUGAUACAGAAGACGAAUAG